AUGGAUAUCAAAAAAAAGGUUCUAGGUAGAAAGCUCUAUAAACUCAAAGCUUCUGACCGGCAGGCCAAGAGCAGGAAAGCUGCUGCCGAACAGAAAGAAGAGAAGGAAUAUAUUAAGGAAGAAGUAGAAGAAGCUGAAAAUGUAGAGAACACUUCGUCAACCGAUGACGCUAUGGCAGCUCUUCUCGCUGAUGAAUCUUUUGCUUCUUUGAAAGGACAAGUGAAUGAUACUUUACUGGAAAGAAUAGAUUCCAUGGGCUUCAAAACGAUGACUGAAAUUCAAGCGAAGUCUAUUCGCCCUUGUCUGGAGGGGAAUGAUGUCCUAGGAGCUGCAAAAACUGGUUCCGGAAAAACCUUAGCUUUCCUCAUUCCUGCUAUACAGCUUUUACAUAGAUUAGAAUGGAAGAGAGUUAAUGGAACCGGGGUCAUCAUUGUAUCUCCUACUCGAGAACUGGCUAUGCAAAUUUACGGAGUCCUCAGCGAGCUGUUGCAAGGUACCAAGUAUUCCCACGGAUUAGUUAUGGGAGGAUCUAGCAGAGCUACCGAAAAGGAGAGACUUCUUAAAGGAGUCUCAUUUUUAGUGGCUACUCCUGGUCGCUUACUCGAUCAUCUUCAAAACACCGAAGAUUUCCUUGUUCGGAAUUUGAAAUGUCUCAUUAUUGAUGAAGCUGAUCGUAUAUUAGAUAUUGGAUUCGAAAUUGAAAUGCAGCAGAUUCUUCGUCAUUUGCCUAAGAAAAGACAAACAAUGCUUUUCUCUGCCACACAUACACCUAAAGUAGAUGAGCUAGUCAAAGCCGCGUUACAUUCAGAUCCUGUAAAGAUAUCUGUAUCUGAAAAGAGUAGCGUGGCUACCGUUGAUGGUCUUCAACAGGGAUAUGUUGUAUGCCCCUCGGAUAAACGAUUCCUCAUCCUUUUCACAUUUUUGAAGAAAAAUGUGGGCAAGAAAGUGAUGGUUUUCUUCUCUUCUUGUAGUUCGGUGAAAUUCCAUGCCGAAUUGUUGAAUUACAUUGAUAUAAACUGCAUGUCCAUCCAUGGAAAACAAAAGCAGCAGAAACGAACCACAACUUUCUUGCAGUUCUGUCAAGCUGAGAAGGGAAUCUUGCUUUGUACAGAUGUAGCUGCUAGAGGACUCGACAUUCCUGACGUUGACUGGAUCGUUCAAUAUGAUCCUCCCGAUGAACCAAGAGAGUACAUCCACAGAGUUGGAAGAACUGCUCGUGGAAAAGACGGACGUGGUCAUGCUCUGCUGGUUUUGAGGCCUGAAGAGUUGGGUUUCUUGAGAUAUUUACGAGCUGCGAAAGUAGUUUUGAACGAAUAUGAGUUCUCAUGGGCGAAGAUUGCUAACAUUCAAUCACAGCUUGAAAAUCUGGUCGAGAAGAACUAUUAUUUGAACAAGUCUGCAAAGGAAGCUUAUAAGUGUUACAUUCGUGCAUAUGAUUCUCAUUCUCUAAAGGAUAUUUUUGAUAUUUCCAAAUUGGAUCUUGUUUCUGUUUGUAAGUCUUUUGGAUUUGCGGUUCCACCUUUCGUUGAUCUUCCUAUCUCACAUAAGCCUAAGGUCGAGGUUAAAUCUCAGCUUUCUGGAGCAACUUAUCGUAAACGUACUCAUGAGAUUGGUUUCAAGCAAAAGAAGAAGAAGAGGGUGACCGCUGAGAUGCAUUAA